UCAUUUCAUUCUCUCAAAAACUAUAGUCUAAAAAAAACAACCCCAACAACAACAACAACAAUAUGGGUAGCUCUGUUCAUGUCAAAGAGGCUGUUUUGGUCACACCCUUUGAGCCAACACCAGCUCGUGUUCUCACUCUUUCACCCAUUGAUUCCCAGCUCUUCCUUCGUUUCACUAUCGAGUACCUCUUUGUGUAUAGGGCUAGUAGUUCUGGUCUAGACCAAGGUGUGAUCACUGCACGUAUUAAGGGUGCACUGGCUAAAGCCUUGGUUCCAUACUACCCUUUUGCAGGUCGAGUCAGGGCUCAGCCAGACGGUUCGAGCCUAGAGGUGGUGUGUCGAGCCCAGGGUGCGUUGUUCAUUGAAGCAGUGUCUGAUCGGUUCACGCUUAGUGAGUUCGAGAAGGCACCAAAAUACGUGACCCAAUGGAGGAAACUGCUGUCUGUCUACGUGGCAGAUGUUCUCAAAGGGGCCCCACCUCUUGUAGUCCAGCUGACGUGGCUAAAAGAUGGCUCGGCGGCUGUGGGUGUUGGAAUCAACCAUUGUUUGUGUGACGGAAUUGGCAGCGCCGAGUUUCUCAACUCGUUCGCCGAGUUGGCCUCUGGGAAUCGCGGGCUCGCCGAGUUGAGACCUAAACCCGUUUGGGAUCGCCAUCUUUUCGACCCGGUGAGGAAUUUACACGAUUACUCAGUGAGCCAUCCCGAGUUCAACCGAGUCCCGGACCUUUGUGGGUUCAUGAAUCGGUUCUCCAACGAAAGACUCGCUCCCACCUCAGUCAUUUUCGAUAAGAUAAGCCUCAACGAGCUCAAGACUUUAGCUGCUUCCACGAGUCGACCCAGUGAGUUAUCAUACACGUCAUUCGAGGUUCUCUCAGCCCACGUGUGGAGGAGCUGGGCUAGGGCUUUAAAUUUACCUUCAAACCAAGUGCUGAAGGUACUAUUCAGCGUAAACAUUCGUAACCGAGUCAAGCCGAGUCUACCCAGUGGAUACUACGGCAACGCGUUCGUACUAGGGUGCGCACAAACCAGCGUGAAAGACCUAAUCGAAAAGGGGUUAGGCUAUGCCACAACGUUAAUCAAAAGAGCCAAAGAUAGAGUGGACACCGAGUACGUGAAAAGCGUGGUAGAAUCAGUGGGCGAGUCGAGAGCGAGUCCUGACUCAGUGGGUGUACUCAUCGUGUCACAAUGGUCAAGGCUGGGUUUAGAAAAGGUUGACUUUGGGUUGGGAAGACCUAUUCAUGUGGGACCCAUUUGCUGUGAUAGGUACUGUUUGUUAUUACCGGUGUUUGAUCAAAGGGACGCAGUGAAAGUAAUGGUAGCUGUCCCCACUAGUGGCGUUGACAAGUACAAUUACUUGGUCCGAAAUCCAUACAAGUGAGAAGCACUGGAUUGUAAUUUCAUCACAUUGACUUUUUGUGUU